AUGAGAACGGGCAAGGCUGGGCAAGUGAAUUAAAUGAGAGAUCAGACCAGACAUCAGCGCCAUGAUCAUGACACACUGAGGAUCCAGUUUCUGUCUUUCUUAAGGGUCUGAUCCAGUAUGAGUUGCUGCUCGUCUCCACCUUUUGGUCUGAAACACUUUCUAUUAUCUGAAGAUAGUUUGCAGCUUUUUCUAACUUGCAGUUGUUGUUUUCUACUUGCAUACUUUUCCUUUGCGUGUGUUUUGUGUGUUAGCAUCAUUUAUGUGUUUGCAGAAGGUUUUGUAUUUGCAGGACAUUUGCACUUUGCUGCUCUUUGUUUGCUUUUUAUUGUGUGUCAGACUGAUCUUUGUCUUUGUUGAGCAUUUAUGUAUUUGCUUUGAGUUUGAACCUCUCGACCAUCACCAAAUAAUAUUGUCACUCAUAUGCAAUAUUCUUCUCUCUCACUGUGCAAUAACACAUGCCAACUACUAUGUAGCCUGCGUAACACUUUUUACUUAUUUUGUAAGGUCGGUACAUAUCUGCAUUGCAAGUGAAAUAAAUUUUUUGUACUAUAUAGACUCUUUUUAUAUUGUUUGUCGUAUCUAUCUUUAAUGACAUCUUGUUUUAGCUCUUUGUACUGUAUAAAAGCCACUGCAACCAGAAUUUCACUGAAGGAGUAAUCCCAAGGGAUAAAUAAAGUUGACUCUAAGUCUCAAAACACUUGUAAACAUUUCUACCUUUUUUUUUUUAAGCCCCUGCAUCUGCUGCCAUCUACUAGUAACUCAACAAAUACUGUAGACACAUAUUACUGUCGCUGACAUAAACUUGGUUUAAUUUUAAUGUUGUUAAGUAUUUUGCAUUGAGUUGAAUUUCUUUUGGCUCCAGUUGCCUUGAACAAACUUCAUCCAAAGCGUGUUAAUGUUGGUGCUGGGGUUGUCAUGUACCUAUGUCUUGAUUUUAGAUAGAAAAGCUCACAUGUAGAGACCGCCUUCCUGCAUACAUGACUAACAUCGUCAUGAUGCUACUCAUGAUUGGUGUGACGUUCGCCAUUGUUUUUGGUGUGAUCCUUUACCGGAUCUCCACCAAAGCUGCUCUGUACAUGAGCUCCAGUCCCACCACCAGAAGCCACGUUCAACUGACAGUUAAAACCACAGCAGCCAUCAUCAACCUGGUGGUCAUCCUGAUUCUGGAUGAAGUGUAUGGUGCUGUGGCUCGCUGGCUCACUGUUUUAGAGGCUCCAAAAACCGAGAAGAACUUUGAGGAAAGGCUAAUUUUUAAGACUUUCAUUCUGAAGUUUGUCAACGCGUUCACACCAAUUAUUUACAUUGCUUUCUUCAGGGGAAGACUGGUGGGCAGACCAGGCAGAUAUCUAUAUGUGUUUGAGUCUUACAGAAUGGAGGAGUGCUCUGAUGGAAGCUGUCUGAUGGAGCUGUGCAUCCAGCUGAGUAUAACCAUGCUGGGAAAACAGCUCAUUCAAAACAACCUCUUCGAGAUUGGAAUUCCCAAAUUAAAGAAGCUGAUUCGAUACAUUCAGUCGGAACAAGGAGCUUUUCAGGAGGAGGAGAGACAGAAGAAGCUGCGCAGAUAUGAAACGGACCACUUCCUGGAGCCAUUCGGGGGACUGACGCCUGAAUAUAUGGAGAUGAUUAUCCAGUUUGGCUUUGUCACGUUGUUUGUGGCGUCUUUCCCGCUUGCUCCAUUAUUCGCUCUCCUCAACAACAUCAUUGAAAUACGGCUUGAUGCUAAGAAAUUUGUAGCCGAGUUACGAAGACCAGUGGCGGCGAGAGCCAAAGAUAUUGGUAUAUGGUACGACAUUCUGAGAGGAGUGGCAAAAGUUGCUGUUAUCAUCAAUGCAUUUGUCAUCUCCUUCACAUCAGACUUCAUCCCUCGGAUGGUGUACCUGUAUAUGUACAGCCCUGAUGGCUCUUUGCAUGGAUUUGUCAACCAUACCCUGUCCUACUUUAAUGUCAGUCACUUUGAGCCCGGCAAAGAAACUAUGGAUCCAAUGCCUUAUGGAUACGCCAUUGAUGUUUGCAGGUAUAAGGAUUACAGAGAGCCUCCUUGGUCCUCCACCCCGUAUGAAAUCUCCAAGGAUUUCUGGGCGGUGCUGGCCGUGCGCCUGGCCUUUGUCAUUGUUUUCCAGAACGUUGUGAUGCUGAUGAACGAUAUCGUUGACUGGCUAAUCCCAGACAUCCCCAAAGAUAUCAGCCAACAGAUCCACAAGGAGAAGAUUCUGCUCGUCGAACUCUUUAUGAGACAAGAACAAGGAAAGAUCAACAUACUGGAGAGAGGCGGGUCAUCGAACACCAGCGAGACGCACAGAAGAAGCCACAACAACAACAACAGCACUUCCACUCAUCCCUUCUGCAAAGAGCAACCCAAUGGCACCAAAACCUUCUGAUGGCAGCGGGGGUGUUACGUCAAAGCUUGCAUAUAGGUUUUAUUUUUGAUUUUGCUCAGGUCCACCUUAAAUCACUGUUUCAUGUCUAAAACAUUCCAACAUCUUUAAGAGCAGCUGGCCAAUCAGGCGAAUGAGAGUCUCUGUCUGCUUCGUUAGCUUAGCUUUGCUCUUUAUAUUUGUAAACAACUUUGCACGCAUGUUAACAUACAAAACGUGCAUUUGAAUAUAAAAAAGGCUUGUUAAGAGAUCACAAUAUAUUUGCAUAAAAUGUAUCAAUAAAUUUGAAACUUUAUAUUCAUGCGUUGUAAAUG